AUGUCGACUCGAUCAGCGUCGCCGCUGACCACGAUGUCCACGUUGUCGUCGCGAAGGGUCUCCACAGCGUCGUUAUCCUUCGCGACGACCUCGUGCUCUGUAAUAAAGCGAGAUGAAGCGACCGUGUCAGUCUCGACAUCCUCCAAGUCACUCACACCUUCCGUGAAGCAAAGGGUUGAGGCGAUACUGCGCCAUGGCAGUCCUUGUACGCGCGGUCUGCACAGCAUCAGUCCCCUGGCUCCCGACGCAGCUCGAGCGCCUCCCGUGGAGUUGCAGGGGCCUCCGCGGUAUCUACGCGCUCGAGGGCUCACACCUCCUGCAGCAGCCGAGGCGACCGGUAGACGUGAGACACGCCAACAACAGCAACAACAACAACAAUCGGAGCAAGACGGUGGUCAUUGGCGCUCCUCCUCAUGCCGACGGGACAAUCGGCGCCGCAGCAGCCACAGUCAAGCCAAGAGCAAGCGAGGUAUGGCACAAGCCGCCUCGCCACCACAGUCGCAGCCCCCCGAUGCCGCCAACAACGUCUCCCAACCUCCAAAGAUGCACAGGAUGACAGCGCCGUUGCAGGAGUCGGGCCUGUCACUGUCGCUGCCAUCAAAGCACCGACACCACUACCCUAGCGAUCACCAGUACAGCAAUCAUGCCCAGCCAAAGGCGCAGCGGCUAGACCGCACUUCACAACUGAAUGAAGGGAGAGGCGCGGUCGAAGACAGGCCGGAGCUGGUGCGUGCUCCUCAAGCACCGCCGCCGCGCUCGAGGAGCCCUGCCAGCCGCCGCGACUCCACCCUCUUCGAGCGCAGCGACCCUAUGGCGGCAAUGACGAGGCCUCCGUUUCGUGGAGGUAAUAUAGAAGACAUGGCGCUUGUCGUGCCUCGGCUGUCCCCCUCUCACGCCGCCCCCCUCACACGUACUCGUUCCCCUCAGUCCGCAGCCCGACAGCAGCAGCAACACCUCUCGCAGCGUCCACUCCAAGUUGGCAUCUCCGGUCGCUUUGGUGUUCCUGGCAAGAACACCACCGCAAAGGGUUCCACGGCAGCGGAGAUGACGCCGUCAGCCGCGCAGCAUGCAGCAGCCCUUUCUACCUUCCCGCCACUCGCUAGCACCUCGCCCAUCUUGCGCUCCUACAUAGCGGAGUCCUUCUCAAGUUAUCUACCGGGCGAGUCCACGGUGCUGCUUGGAGCCCACCAUCGUGGAAAAUCAACUCCACACCCCGCAUCGUCGCCACCGCCGUCGCCGUCUCAGGCGGCUAGCACCCACGCUGAAGCUUCUGCUGCCACGUCCAUGACAGCGGUUGAAAUCGAAGUGGCGGUCGUAGCUUCCACUGCAUCAUCGCUGCCUGAGCCGGCGGUGUUGGCCCGCUACGAGGAGAUCCUGCGCGAUUGGCGCAUUGGAACCAGUAAUAGCUGCAGCGGAGGUACUCCUCACUACAAUGGCCACGAUGCGCAGCACACCGGGCAGCAGCGGUACACCGACGAGGAGUUCGCCGCCGCGUUCGAUCUCAUCGUCCACAUCCGGCUUGCCGCUGGCACUGUUGUCACAGUCAGUGAGAUUAAGGACGAGGUGGAGCGGCGCACAGGCCUGCCAGCCGCGCAGCAGUCUCUUGUAUACGACGCCAUGUCGCUGCAGGACUGCUUACCCAUCCAUCUGCUCCUCUUGGCAGCGGACGAAGACGACGUCGACACAAACUGCCACCAAAUGGGGGAGUGGGGAGCGAAGCACCACACCGACGGCGGCGUCAGUGCUGGGCGAGAUGCGGUCAUGGGUGGAAAGCGACGCCGCGGUUGCCUGAGACUUGUGUGCGUGCCGCUGUCAAGUGACUCGGCGGCGGCGGCGACGGUGGCGCGGCGGACUCGUCAGGUCCGGUCUCCGCUGCGAGCGGCGGCGUCGCCGGCCGCCGCAGCCGCAGUCGAUUUUACGGCGUUCCCUACACGUAGCUCAGCUUUUAUAGGACCCACUCGAGCAGCGAGCGCAGCUGCGGCGGUGGCUGUCCCGACGUCACCCCCACGGCGGCCCGGCGCCGUCCCCUUUACCCUCUCACACGGCACAACAAUCAUGACGUCAGCAACGGGCCUCUCCAGCGCAGCUGCCACCUCAGCAUCACCUGCAGCCAUGACGGGUAAUACGGAGCAAGUCCUCUCAGAGCACAUCAGUCGCCUGCGACGUCUGUACUUGCCCAACGGGGAGAUAAGCGAUACGCUCCGUAGGGGCGGCUGGGCCUCCGCCGGGGCCGGUGUGGAGAGGGCACCAGAGCACACAGAUCCGUCGGUCACGGCGAUGGCCGCGGUGCCACAGCCAAAGUGGCAGCAACAAAACCUCCUGUCCUCCGCGCCGACAGCGUACCAAAAUUUGAUGAUGAACGGCGGCGGCGGCGCUGCACCCAUUCGAGGGCCGCUGCUGCCGCAUCGCACGGAGCUGAGCGAGGCGCUGAUCGCCGCUCUCCCAGCUCCGCCAGUGCGCCGCUCGGCCGCUUUGCCAUCAGCCGAUGUUACCAGCGCCAACACCAGUAACGGUGGCAUUAGUGCGCCGUACGCGUCCAUCAAGACGCUCUCCUGGAAGCCCUCUGUACCCCAGACGCUGCCCUCGCCGCUGCUCACGCGACCGGCACGAAUUUCCACCGGCGGCGACGUCGAUGCGGAUGGCGACGAUGGCAAUGGCGGUGGUGUCGAUGCAAGUUGGAUGAGCUCACUCAGCUUCUCUUCCUCCUCCGCUGCUGCUGCCGCCGCUGCUUUGAUGGUGUGA